AUGGGUUUAUUCAUUGGUUCAAUUGACCAAGGCACCACCUCUUCACGCUUCUUGAUUUUCGAUGAUAAAGGCGGACUUGUAACCUAUCACCAAGAAGAAUAUCCUCAACAUUAUCCUGAGCCUGGUUGGGUAGAACAUGAUCCAAAUGACAUUCUCAACUCAGUUUACCUAUGUAUAAAGGUUACAAUCGAGCAAUUUGAGAAACUGGGUCAUUCAGUCAAGGAUAUCAAAGCUGUCGGCAUUACCAAUCAACGCGAAACUACCUUGGCUUGGGACCGUCUCACCGGGAAAGCCCUAUACAAUGCCAUUGUAUGGUGCGACACACGAACCCACGAUUUAGUUCACCGAUUGAAUAAGAACAGUUCGUUGGGCGCUGAUGCUUUAAAAGAAACGUGCGGUCUCCCAAUCACCACAUAUUUUUCCGCUCUGAAACUUAAAUGGAUGUUGGAAAAUGUACCGGCUGUUAAAGAAGCUCAUGAUAAAGAUAAUUUAUUGUUUGGGACUGUUGAUUCAUGGCUUAUUUGGAACUUAACUGGUGGUAUUGAAAACGGAUUGCAUCUCACUGAUGUAACAAAUGCUUCGCGUACAAUGUUUAUGGACAUCAAAACGCUGCAAUGGAGUGAUAAAUCGCUCAAAUUCUUUGAGAUAAAACGAUCAGUUCUCCCGAAGAUCGUUUCUUCCUCUGAAGUAUAUGGCAAGAUUACAAUUGAUAGUCCUCUAAAAGGAAUCCUAAUAGCCGGGAAUCUAGGUGAUCAACAAGCUGCUCUUGUUGGUCAGAAAUGCUUUAAACGUGGGGAAGCUAAAAAUACAUAUGGGACCGGAUGUUUUAUGCUUUUCAACACGGGCCAUGUGCCAGUAAUUUCUAAAAGUGGAUUAUUGACUACAGUUGGCUACAAAUUUGGUAAUCAAGAAACUGUGUACGCGUUAGAAGGUUCAAUCGCUGUUGCUGGCGCUGCUGUAAAAUGGGUUCGCGACAAUCUAGGUAUUAUCAAUGAAACUGCCGAAAUUAAUGUUUUAGCAGAAAAAGUCGAAGACACGGGGGGUGUAUACUUUGUAACUGCAUUUUCCGGAUUAUUUGCCCCAUACUGGCGCGACGACGCUCGCGGAUGCAUUGUCGGCAUCACUCAAUACACAAACAAAAACCACAUUGCUCGUGCAACUUUGGAAGCUUCCUGUUUCCAGACUCGUGCAAUCAUAGACGCGAUGAAUUCGGAAUCUGGUACGCCGUUGGCUUCGCUGAAAGUUGACGGAGGAUUAAGUAAUUCCGAUAUAUGUAUGCAAAUUCAAGCGGAUGUUCUUGGUAUUGAGGUUGAUCGUCCGGCAAUGCGCGAGACAACCGCGUUAGGAGCUGCGAUUGCGGCUGGGUUUGCAGUGGGUGUUUGGAAGUCGUUGGAUGAAUUGAAGGAAGUUAAUGCCCAUGAUCGUAAGUUGUUUGUGCCAAAAGCUUCCGUGGAAAAUCGUGAAGCGAGGUAUAAGGAAUGGCAAAAAGCUGUUGAAAGAAGUUUUGAUUGGGUGUAA